CCAAUCUUACAAUUUUCCAUGUUUAUUGUGCGAGUUCUGAUCCGAGUGGGAUGCAACAAUUUAAGGUUCAAAAUACAAUCUUCAAUUUCGUGAAAUUUGGUGAAAGAGGUGACUUCAUUAUACAAUCAAGAGAUAAAACAUUUACAAAAUGGAAAUGGAGAGUACGUGUCCGAAAUAAAUGCAGUUUGAUCUUGGAACACAUGGUUAUACGAUUGUUGUAGGUUUUAAUAGCGAAAAACAUUUGAGGAACUUUUUUUUCAAGAUAAUUUAAACAUCUUAGUUCCAUUAAAACUCAUUAUUAUUUUCCUCUAGUGGUUAACCUGUUACAGACGGCAAGCAUAUAGUAUUAUUAUCGGGUCUACUACUUCCAUAGAUCAAUGUAUUUUUAAUGUAUUGAUUUCAAAUCUUGUACUUCAUUUUUUUAACAUGCAUUUUACUGUAUAAAGAACCAUAUUACCAUCAUUAUUUUGGUCGACGUAAUCGAUAACAGAUGGAUAGCCUUAUGUGACAGGUUAAUAGCUUGAUUGCUUCACACCACUUUCUAACUCGAUCUGUGUUAUGACAAAUUGUUUUGUUAGAGCGGUUAAUUAUUAAAGACAAAUUUGCAGAAAGGAAAAUGUAAACACAAAUCCGAAAGUAGCGUAAAAUCAAUACGGCAUAGUUCCAAAACACCGAGUAGAACAGGCCUUCCACUCAUCCUCGAUAGUUUUGUAAGAAAAAUUAUCUUCAAGCAUUUCACACGACAAGCAUAUCACCGAUAUAAUUGAAGAAUUAAACUGUUCCAUCUUCUAAUCUAAAUAUAUUUUUAUUAAAUUCAAAUGAUCCGAUUAAAAUGAAUCAAUUGAACCAACGAACUUCCUCGUACUUUUACUUAUAGAAUGUUUUAGUAAUUUUCAAGCGUGGGAGAACUGAUUUGCUUGGUAAAUUCCAGAUAUUGAACGUUAAAUAAGAGAAAAAGUAUUAUGGGACCAUGCAAGCACCAAAUAUUUAAUUAACUAAAUAAACGUUGAUUUGUCCAUUUCAUGCUAUUGAUAUCAUAAUCAACGAAGAUCUUAGACAAAAAUCCUCUCACGAACAACAAGAAGGCAGGUACCACUUUUGGAAUGGAAUUUUGAACUCUCUUACGGUCUUUGUAUCAAUUCGAGAGUAACUCAAGAUCUCGUAUUAGAUAUCAAAAUGAUGCCAAAUUUAGAAUCAUUGGAAUUUAUUUGACAAAUUUUUUUCACAUUUUAAAAGCUCUCAAAGCUUCAUUCAUGCAUGUACCACAAAGAUCCAUUCACCUUUUCGAAGGAACUAUGUUUGAAGUGUGUGUAAAUAGAAAUAGAAAUUCAGCCAUUUAAGCAUAACUAUCUCGCAUUCGAAUCGAGUCUGACUUCUUCUUUGUGCUUUAAAAAGAAACGCGUGCGAAGAUCGUUAACCUGACACACUUAUCAUAAUGGCUUUAAUAUGCUGAUUUGUAUCCGCAAAUAGUGAAAUGGAACGAAAAUUCCCACAGAAAACGUGUUUUGUGAAUAAUUUUCGCUAGCAAGUAAAUCAUUUUCGCGAGCAUUUUCGGUUUUAAUUGAUCAGUCUCAAAUCUGAUCUUCAUCCGAAUAGUUAAUUUUUGUGAAUUUCGUGGAAACGAAGGAAAAAUGUUCAAGUUUAUCAUUUUCUGUACAGUUGCCUCACUAUGUGUGGCUAGGAGCUUGAAUGAUGAUAACACUCCAGUAGCUGUUGCUAUCGAAGAUGUGGCUCUGCCUAAAGAUAUUGCUGUUGAAGAUAUAAUAGAUGAAAGUGUCCAAUCGCUGCUGACAAACAUUGAAUCGAUCGAGGAUGAUAUAGCUACACAGGAAGGUGCUGACAAAGCAAAAGGAUUCUUCGCUAGAUUUACCAGUACUACCACAACCACAUCAACUUCAAGACCAUUUUUGACACUCAAUUUGAGCUUAAACACAGAUGUACUGUCAAAUGGUACGGCAAUGGUCAAUACCUCAGCUUAAUCGAUUAAAAAUUGGAUUGUAAAUUAUUUGCUGGAACUUUUUAUUCGAUUCAAUAAAAAAGAAACUUUUUUCUUAUUGUUUGGAUCAUUUUGACAGCAAUAAGAUCACUUAGGAAACACAUGACAUCUCUUUAAAAUCAUUAAGAGGCAUUGAUGCUUUUCUGAAUAACAUGCUAGAUUUCAAUUUACUUUUGAUCAUGAUCAUACCUUUCCACCAGAAUCCUUUUUCAAAAAUGUACGACCGUAAUUACGACGAAUGUGUUAAGCUUUCAACAGAAAAUAGAUUUGGUUGUAACAGAUAACCAGCUCUGAGAAAACUGAGCAGUUUAUGAAAAUUUCGGUAAACUGCUGACUUUUCUCAGAGCUGGUCAAACGACUCCAACCAAAAGUAAUUUUAAUGUAAAGCUAACACAUCCGUGGUCGUUAUAAAGCUAAUACAUUCGUAAUCGUUAUUACGGUCGUACAUUUUUCGAAAAGGAUUCUUAUGAAAAGGUAUAAUCAAAAAUGAAAUACGAGACACACAAAUGUAGGCUACAGUUUUAGCUAAGCAUCGAUGCCUCUUAAAGUUCUAUGAAUAUUAUGUCUUAUCAUUGAGCAAGGCACCCAGCAGGGUAAUAGAGGUUUUUACACGUCAAAUAGAGUAAUAUUUUGAUACCAAUAAUACCAUUAGCAGCCUUAGGUGCUUUGCAUUGAGUCAUCCAUGAAUUCACGUUCUUUUUCUUAUUUUAAGAUAAAUAAAUCAGUAAAGACUCACUAACCUAUAACCUAUAAUUAAGAGGAAUCCUCCCUUGGCAAAUUUGGGCACAAAAAUGUUAGAUUUUUUACUAUAAUUUUGCACUCGAAUCCAUUUUGGAAGAAGUAAAACCAUCGUUUUGUGUCGAAAAGUGUUAGCUUUGAAUAAAAAAUAGAAAGGUUUGUGUUGAUGUGACCUAGGUCCGAGAAAACUCGAAAUUUGUGUCAAUUUUCGUGAACUAUUGAGUUUUCUCUAACUUAGGUUACAUCAUCACAAACCUUACUAUUUUUUAUUCAAAGCUAACACAAAAUUAUCAUGAAAAAUGUAACAUAGGCACAAAUUUUCCAAGUGAAGAUUCCUCUUAAUAAAAGACAAGAAAGUCCUGCUUAAAUUGGCCUAAGUCAAAUUUGCAAAUGAAAUAGUCUAGAAAUCUUUAAAUUUCCCAAAAUUCUCUUGAAGAACAACGAAAUUUGAAAUAUGUAUUCGGCGAUGAAACCUGGACAAUUUCCAUGGUAAAUUGGUUGUCCCAUUAGUCAGGUAGAAAACUCGUCUUUGUCAGGUUGAUGAAAAAUGUUAAAGCGACUUCUCGAAAUCGAUGCAUUGAUGCAUGUAAUACGAAAUAAUAAUUUGACAGUAUUCAUCUUCAAGUGAUUCAGGCAAACAUUAUAUUUUUGAUGAGGCAUCUCUAAAUUAAAAUUAAGCCUCUUCAAGUUACCGGUGUUGAAUAGCGAAAUUUAUUAUACUCUAUAGUUCAAAAUCACGAUAAUUUUUACUCCUAAGGACUUUUCUGUGUUAACAGUUCCAAAUUAUCUAAGCAAAACUGAAAACGAAAUAAAGUGGAGCUGUUGUAAACUUGCAUGGAUACAGGGUGAAGACAGUUUCACGUUGAAAAAAGUAUAACUAUUGUAACACUGCAUAUAUGCAACGUGAAGAUGGUUCCACUUUUUACAGUUGCCUAAAAAAGUGGAACGAAAAAAGGGAAAUAUGCAGUGUUACAAUAGUUCGACUUUUAAAGGUUAUAAACUCUGGAUAUCUAGCAAUCUCAAAUCUAGAAAGUGAAACUAUUGUAACGCUGCAUACAUAUAUGUAGGCUGAAGAUAGUUUCACUUUUUUUAGUUCCACAAAAAAAGGGAGACUGAAAAAAGUGGAACUAUUGUGACGUUUGUGGAUUAUAUUUUACUAUUGUGUAUUAGGUCCUUGAUCAUUUUGUUGUUUAACACUAUGUUUAAUAACUCGAAGAUGUAAAAGAAAAACAAUUUCGUUUUAUUAUUCUGCAACUAUUCUUUAUUCAAUAUAUAUUUAUAUUGUGAUGAAAACAAAGCUGAUUUUCUUUUUAUUUGUUAUACACAAUAAUUAAUGAAACAAGACGUAGUUAUUUUCCUCCUCUUCUUCUUUUUAAUAUCUUAUAAUCAUGGAGAGUUGUGAUGAUUGAAAUCAUUUUAAAUAAAUUACAUUUUAUCAAUUAAUUAAUUAAAUUUUAUUUGAUAAUAAAUCGGUAAAUAUAUUUUUAUGUACUUAUUGGUUGAAAAAUAAAUCUAUCCGUGUA